UGGGAGGAGCUGUUUGGGGUGUUGUGGAUCUAUCUGUAAAGGGAAAACAUUCAGUGGGAGUGAUAGCUAUCUAGGCUAGCUAUUUUGUUUCUUAUUGACAGAUUACAGUUCAUAUUGAUACGAAUUGAAAUAGCUAGCUAUAGCCAUGCCUGGAAUAGAUAAAUUACCGAUAGAGGAUACAUUCGAGGACAGUCCGCAGACGCGCUCCCUGCUCGGUGUUUUUGAGGAGGAUGCAGCUGCUAUAUCUAAAUACUCCCAGCAGCUCUUCCAGGCCAUGCACAGAAUCUACGAUGCACAGAAUGAGUUGAGUGCUGCCACCCAUCUCACCUCCAAACUUCUGAAGGAGUAUGAGAAACAGCGUUUCCCACUUUGCUGCGACGACGAGGUCAUGAGCUCCACUCUGCAGCAGUUUGCCAAAGUCAUAGACGAGCUGAGUUCCUGUCAUGCAGUGCUGUCCACUCAGCUGGCUGAUGCCAUGAUGUUUCCCAUCACUCAGUUUAAGGAGAGGGACUUAAAAGAGAUACUGACCCUGAAGGAAGUGUUCCAGAUAGCCAGCGAUGAUCAUGACAUGGCCAUCAACCGAUACAGCCGUCUCUCUAAAAGGAGGGACAAUGAGAAGGUGAAGGGCGAGGUGAUGGAGGAUGUGUACACCUCCAGGAAGAAGCAGCACCAGACCAUGAUGCACUACUUCACAGCCCUCAACACGCUGCAGUACAAGAAGAAGAUUUCCCUGCUGGAGCCUCUGCUGGGAUACAUGCAGGCACAGAUCAGCUUCUUCAAGCUGGGAUCAGAGAACCUCACCCAGCAGUGGGAAGACUUCCUCACCGACAUAGGAACCAGUGUUCAGAAUGUCCGCAGGGAGAUGGCCGGGGAGGUGGAUGUGAUGCAACAGACCAUCCAAGACAUGGAGCAGGCCAAUGACCUCCUCUACAUGCCCGACCCUGACCCCAGCCAGGUUCCUGUCAACCGCAACCUCACACGCAAGGCCGGCUACCUCAACACUCGCAAUAAAACGGGCCUAGUGUCUUCAUCCUGGGACCGGCAGUACUUCUUCACCCAGGGAGGGAACCUGAUGAGCCAGGCGCGGGGGGAUGUGGCGGGGGGUCUGGUCAUGGAUAUAGACAACUGCUCCGUCAUGGCCGUGGACUGUGAGGACCGACGCUUCUGCUUCCAGAUCACAUCCUUCGACGGCAAGAAAGUGGCCAUCUUGCAGGCAGAGAGCAGGAAGGAUUGUGAAGAGUGGAUUGCAACGAUUAACAACAUCUCAAAGAGGAUUUAUCUCAGUGAGAACCCAGAGGAAAUCGCAGCCAGAGUGAACCAAUCAGCUCUUGAGGCUGUGACACCGUCUCCCUCCUUCCAGCAGAGGCAUGAGAGUAUGCGGCCGAGCACACAAGGGCGGCCGCAGGCAGCGCGGGCCAGCAGUGUGAGCUCGGCAGGCUCUGAGGCGCCCUCCCCGGCCCUCUCAUUGGACGCACUGGUGGCUCCAAACACGCCCAUCCAGUUUGACAUCAUCUCUCCAGUCAGCGAGGAGGACACAGGACAGGUCAAGGCUGCCGGACAGGGCAGAAGGACCAAUCCUUUUGGUGAAUCAGGAGACACACCAGCUGAGGAGAGUGAAGACUCUAUCCUGCACCAGCUGUUCAUUGUGCGUUUCCUGGGUUCAAUGGAGGUGAAGAAUGCAGACAGCUCUGACGUCAUCAAUGAGACCAUGCGACAGAUCCUAGCAGCCAGGGCCAUACACAACAUCUUCAGGAUGACUGAGUCUCACCUGCUGGUCACCUGCGAAUGCCUCAAGCUAAUCGAUCCUCAGACACAAGUCACACGGCUGAGGUUCCCUCUCUCCAGUGUGGUGUUGUGUGCUGCCCACCAGGAGAACAAGCGUCUGUUUGGAUUUGUUCUGCAGACAGCAGAAGGCAGGGUGGACGGACAACCAAUCACUGUCUGCUACAUCUUUGAGUCCAACAAUGAUGGGGAAAAGAUCUGUGACAGUGUGGGGCUGGCCAAACAGAUAGCUUUCCACUCAGAGAUGGAUCGCAAAGCUACGGAGAAGAGGAAGGAGCAGGACAAGGCCAAGGAGAAACAGCAGGAGGAGCUGAGUAAACAGAAACAGAUAGAAAAGGACCUAGAGGAACAGAGCCGUUUGAUUGCUGCCUUCAGUCGCCCCACCCCCCUUGCCGCUGGCACUGACGGACAGUUCCUGGUGCUGAGCAACAGCCAAUCAGAGGACAGUGAUGCAGGAGUGGAGGAGCGGGAGAAGGGAGAGUCAGAGGCCUAACAGAAUGGAACGGAGAGAUGUUACUGUUAGCUUUCACUGGAUACUACUUUGGCUGACCAAACCACUGGAAGUCAGUAAUUUUCAAUGGAGGGAGGCAACUUGAAGAGGUGACUUGAGGAGACCUUGAGAGAUGCAACCGUUGGGGACAAUUUCACCAAGUUGAGCCUAAGUUAAACUUUUACGCAAAUCAUCAGCGAUGCAACUGCUGGCUUUGAUCCUCUGCUGGAUAGGCUACCCACCAAUGUGCUGUUCAGAAGAAACACCCACGAGGGACAUAGCCUGGUCCCAGAUCUGUUUGUGCUUUUGCCUACUCCAUUGUCAUUGUCAAGCCAAACAAUUGCAUGACAAUUCCAUAAGGAGUUGGCAAGAGAGUAGAAACAGACUCGCACCCAGGCUACAAGGGACAGGCUUGACGAUGUGUUACCACAAAGUAGUACCCCAUGAAAACAGACAGUUAGAGGUGGACUUGGUUCCUCUCCAGACCCCCACCUCGGCUCCGCAACCCUGGGCCUGCACAGAUACAGCCUCUCUCUGGCUGGGCUCACCUCUGGCUCCUACUGUUGGUCAAUGGAGGAACAGGAUUCAGAGUGCAAGGAAAAUAAAUACUUCCUAACAUAAAAAUGAGAAAAAACGACCCCACUAGCUAAGAAAAGAAGAGUAGAAAAAGAACUGUGACUGAACACUCAAAAUAAUCUUUCCGGAUCAUUCUCCUCCUUGUGUAUAUUAUAAUGUAUUUUAUACUCGCAAUUAUAUAGAUGUAUACUGGCAGAAAAUA